UGUAAACUAAUGUACUUAGAUAAAAAAUGAAUUGUCAGUCCUUUCGGUACAAUCAGCAGGAUACCAAAGAUGGCAAGCAUGAAACGAGUUGUCUAUCAAGUCCAGAGAAAAAACUAUCGUUGGGAUCUCUCGUUACUUGGAACAUAACUAAGGUCUUAGAAGCAUACCCAUAUAUAGAUUUAAAGAGCGCCCUGCGGUCGACUCAGGAUCAGAUGGAGCGGGAGUCGCGUGAUGGCGCGCCGAUGAUGUGCCUGAUGCCGGAGGAGCAACACCUGGCUGCAGCCCUGCUGGCCUGGCACCGCUUGGGGCACGAGCGCGCCGACAGCCUGCAUGAGUUCGUAAAAUCAAGCCUGAACGAAUAUAGAGUAGUCGAGAGUGUUUCGAGUGUAAAAGUUGUGAGCCACAGCGUUUCUAAAAUUAGAAGUUGCUUCACGAGCAGUUCGAGCUUCGAUGUGAACUCUAUCACGGGCCCCGUCGUCAGACUUCCUUUGCAGACCAAAGUUGUGAUGCGCGUUGAAAAUAAUUACCUGUUCGACAAAAAAUUCUCGAAAACGAAACAGAAGAGUAAAAAAGAUAAAUGUGAUCCUGAAGAUAAACCAAAAAGGAUCAAAGCUGAAGUUAAGAAAGAAAUUAAGGCUGCUUGCACAGAUUUCGGUAUUGACAAGGAGCACCUUCCAAAACUAGCGGAAUUGGAGGAAAUAAUUUCAGACCUACGAACCCGAGCUGCAAACCUCUCUAGACGGAAAACAGAAAGACUAGAGUUAUUAGAGAGAACUGACGUGGCCUGGAAAGACUUGGAGCAUGGUUAUGAACGUCGCUUGAAACUGGCCGAAGACAAGGCAAAAGACACAGAAGACCAGAUAAAAAGAAUACUAGAAGAAAGGAACGACUACAAGGCCAAGUGUAAGACGUUAGUAGACGACCUGAAGCGGCGCAGCGCUGAGGCAGAAACUGUGCGGGAGAAGUUGACGCAAGUGGACAAGGAGGUGUGCGGGCUGGCGUGCGAGAGGCUGCGGCUCAGCGAGCUGGUGACGCAGGACGAUGCCGCACUCGCCGCGGAGCACUGCCGGCUGACGCAGAUUGAUCGGGAACUUGAGUUCAAGGAGCAAGCAGAGCGUCGAAAUAUACAAUAUCUAGAGAGUGAGAUCGGCACAGCUCGUGGACUUACUAUAGAAGCCGAACGCGCUACUCGCUCUGACAUGGCCGGUGUCCAAGAAAAUUUGAAACAAAUAAGAAAUGAAAUAAAAAAAGAGGAAAAUAAAAAUACGCCGUUGAAAGCGGAGAUUGCUAAUUUACAAAAGCAAAAAGCUUCAUUGACUUGCGACUUGGAUAGUUUUAAAAUAAAAUGUGACGAUGAUAUGCUCCGAAAAAUAGACAUACUGAAGUCUAAGAAAAGUGAACUUGCUAGACUGCAAGAAAAGAUCAUAGAUUGUCAAUGUAAGCUCCCUAUAGAUGCGUCGAUUGAAGCCAAACGUACACCGUCACUAGCUGCUAAUUGGUCCUGUGAAACGGACGGCAAUCCGAAAUCCUGUUCGUGCACUUCCAUACGGCACCAGCUAAUGUCAGAUCUCCUAGGAGGUCUAUUCAAAGGACUUAUGACAGAUCUGUCUGCUACGGGAUCGCUGAUGCCCUGUCAGCUCCUAAAGUGCCUAGACGAGAACCACGAUUGGGAACGAGAUAGCAUUUUGAGGACCAAUAUUCACAGUUACUGUUCGCAGUUGUUCACUGGCGAACUCAAUAUUGCCAUCGCCACAACCAUCGAGAAUAAUCGUAUGAAGUGGCUUCGAUCAGUACCAGUAGAUAAAGAAAAAACUGGAGUGACUCAACAUGAUCCCGAUGCUCGAACCAGAAGUCUAGCGGCUGAAUUGAUGGAGCAAAUGCUUAAACGAAAAUCUGAAGCUCUACAAAUAUCAUCGCGUGUGCAACCUUGUCAAUGUAGAAAAGAGAGUAAAAGAGCUGACGCAGUAUUUCCUUUGUUCGUAAAACCACAAACCACCAGAAAAAUCAAUGAUUCCUCAAAUCUAAAGAAGACUAUAAAUGACGUAGCACAGCUGAGACAGCAAGUAGAAAUUCUAAAAAAGGAAACAAUCGGAAAAGAUGAUCUAAAGGUUAUGGAAGACAAACUUACAAAAAUAAUACAGCGGGCAUCGAGGUCAAAAUCUAAAUCAAAGAAUAAAAACAGACAAUUUCUUCAAACACAUAAUAUUAAUUAUGAUGACAAGCCGGAAAAAGAUGAAAAUUUUAAACAUGCAAGUAAGGAGGACACAAUCGUACUAGAAGAACUUGAUUACGUUGACGUAAAAAAUAAAUUUUCUUCAAAACCCAAAGCGAUAUGCGUGAAGCAGAAAACAAACAAGAAAUUAAAAAACAUUGAGCUCCCACCUGCAGUCGGUGUUUAUAUUUGUGACACUCAACAAGUAUCGAACAAUACGACAAAAUAUGUAUUUAGACAAUCACCUCUACACAAAGGACAUAAAUCAGACAUAUUAGGUGUAGGUGCUAAAAAAUGCACCUGUGCUUACAAGUCAUCCUAUCUAGGAGAUAAAAACAAUACAUUGAUCAAAGAACAAGCACAAAACAGUUGUCCUAAAGAAUGUAUAUGUAUUAAUAAAAUUCCCUCGAAUACGUCCAUUAAUGAGUUUUUAGAUAGUUUGACUAAGACUGAAAGCUAUAACGAGAAUCUUAAAAUAUCUCCAGAUACUAAGGAGACUAAUGAAUAUGAUAGAAAAUGCUUUUUAAAUAAAGAAGCCUGGCCAACUAUUUCAAAAUAUAUGUGUGCCAUUAAUUUAAAUAUGGCAAAUGAAAAUUUUUGCAAUAUCGAACUUCUGAAUUCAAAUAUAAGCGGAUCUCCUAAAAGUAAUAUAAAUAAUACUUCAUAUAGAAGUGAGACUAUAUUAUCGCUGGAAAAAUCUGAAUUCAAUUCAAGUGGAGGAAAUAAUGAUGAAGUAAAGAAUGGCUUAAAUCGGCAUAUUAUGGCAAAUGAAUAUGGUACACCGAUCAAAGACUCCGAAGACUUUAAAGAAUCAAAAAAUGCAAUUAUAUCAGCUGUUGCGAGUACUCCACAAAGUUGUGUUUGCUGUAACGAUUUUAAUUCAAAUGCAGAUGAAAUCGAAAUAAAUGCUUUAAAUUUGCUUAAAGAGCAUAUUAAGGACAAAAUUAGAGAUUUAAAACCAAGCCUGAAACAUUCCAUCUCAGUCGAUGAAGAAAAAAUUAUCUAUAAAAAUAUUCUUAAAGAAAUAAAAAACAUUGUAACUGAUGAUACUUUUGAAGUAUUGUGUAAAUGCUCUUUUAAAAAUCACGAAGGUAGUAGGCAGAGAGCAUAUAAUUUGUUAAAAGAAUACUUAAAGAUCAAAAUUAAAAAAGUACAGUGCUCAUGUACCAAAGAAUAUGAUCACUCCGAGAAACUACUGCCAACGAUUUUAGAUAAGAUAACAGAACUUAUAGAGAAUGAUUUUGAACGUUUGAAGAUAAAAUACCAAGAGAAAUGCGUUAAUAAGAAAAUCAUUGAAGGUUUAAAAAUAAAAGGGAGUGUAUCAGAAAAAAUUGAUAUGAAUAAGGACCAAUCAGUACUAAUUAAUAAAUUAGGCCAAAAAGACUCCGCGUAUGAACAAAGGAAAAACCAAAACGAUAUUGAGAAUAUUAUGUCAGCAGAAGUAUCUCAUAAUUCACAAAAUCAAUCUAUUGACUCUGAACUAUAUGGUGAACCAAAAACUUUAAAUAUCGACAAAAAGCUUUCUUGCCUUUUAAAUCCUGAUAUUUAUUUGAACACGAAUCAAAUAAAUGAAUACGCCGGAACAUUUAACUUACAAAGUAAAUCAGAGAGAGAUAAUAAGUCUGCUCAAGUUUCAUUUUUUUUCAACUCUCAAAAUAAAUCUGCUGAUGCCAUACAACAUUUUGAAAACAAUACCAUAGACAGAAACAUAUCUUGUACACUUGGCAAUGAUGUUUAUGUUACUGAUUGCAAGUGCCGAAAAAAUUUCGAAUCAAACUUUGAAGAGACAACCCGUUCAGAUACAAGAGUACUUUAUUUCGAUAUCAAUGACAACUUCUUUGGAUUAAAUUAA